AUGCGCACGCCCUCAGCCAUCUGGACGGUGCCGCACUCGCCCAACGACGCAAACAUCAGUCGCGACAAUGCGCAAUGCAUCUGGCGGCGCAGAUGGCAAUGCAAGUACCGUCUCCUCGAGCGGCCGCGACAGCUGCAGCUUCUCAAUUCUAUCCUACGCGGGGGGUCCCCCGCCGCUGCCGUGCAGUUGGUGGUCCACAGCAUCGUCGCGCAGCGCGAGCGCCUGCGGCUACAGCUUUCUGGACAGAGGGAGCGGUGUGUGCAUGUAGCCAUGGAGAUCUUUGGCAGGGGCUUGCAGGACCCGGCGGAAAGAUCGAAGGCGCUUAAUGCUCUGUAUGUGGCGACGGGGGGCUGGGAGACAGGCCAGAGGAUCAAGAGAGAGUGGGAUAUGUUUUACGACAUUCGAGAGGACCUGGGGAAUAUCGAGGGCGAGUUGAGGAUUCUAGGUGCGAACCAUUAUCAGGGCGCAGAGGAUUGGGAGGAUUAG